AUGGCUGCCGCCCUAGGGGAGGACCUAGCCGUGGCCCCUGAUAUCCAGGACGACUCUAGCUCCCUUGGUUCAGACUCAGAGCUCAAUGGUCCGGGGCCCUUCCGAAGGGCUGAUCGCUAUGGCUUCAUUGGGGGCAGUGCCAACACCUCAGAAGCAGGCCCAGGGCAGCCUCCACUGGAGCUGAUCCGGCAGCGAGAAAUGAAGUGGGUGGAGAUGACGUCUCACUGGGAGAAGACCAUGUCCAGGAGGGCCAAGAAGGUAAAGAUUCAGUGUCGCAAAGGGAUCCCAUCUGCCCUUCGUGCCCGCUGCUGGCCCCUGCUGUGUGGGGCCCAAGCUCGGCAGCAACAAAACCCCAGCACCUACCAGGAACUGCUCUCAGCUCCGGGGGACCCUCAGUGGCUGGAGGCAAUCAGGAGAGACCUGCAUCGUCAGUUCCCCCUACAUGAAAUGUUCCUGUCCCCCCAGGGUCAUGGGCAGCAAGGCCUCCUGAACGUGCUUAAGGCCUAUACCCUGUACCGGCCUGAACAGGGCUACUGCCAGGCCCAGGGGCCCGUAGCCGCUGUCCUGCUCAUGCAGAUGCCUCCGGAGGCUCAUCUCCUGCCCCCACAGGAGGCUUUCUGGUGUUUGGUACAGAUCUGUGAGUUCUACCUGCCUGGCUACUAUGGGCCUCACAUGGAGGCCAUACGGCUGGAUGCUGAGGUGUUCUCGGCCCUGCUGGGCAGGCUGUGUCCUCGGAUCCACAAGCACCUACACCAGCAGGGUGUGGGGCCCCUCCUCUAUCUGCCCGAGUGGUUCCUGUGCCUCUUUGCCCGCUCCCUGCCCUUUGCCACCGUUCUACGCAUCUGGGACGCCUUCUUCAGCGAAGGGGUGAAGGUCUUGUUCCGAGUGGGCCUGACCUUAGUCCGCCUUGCCUUGGGCACCGCUGAGCAGCGCCGGGCCUGCCCGGGGCUGCUGGAGACGCUCGAGAUGCUGCGUUCCAUCCCGCCAGCCCAGCUGCAGGAAGACCUAUUCAUGGCCCAGGUUCAUGCGGUGGCCAUCUCAGAGCGAGACCUGCGGCGGGAGAGCCUCACCCAGCUCGCCAAGCUCCAGAAAACUGACCCAGAACUACAACUGAGGCCCAAAGACCGCCUGCCCGGGGCCCCGGCCAUCUUUGAGGCCCAGCAGCUGACCGCAGCCUCAAAAGCACCAGGCCAGGAGGUGCCCCGGAUCGUGGUGCAACCCCCGGAGGAGCACCCUCGAAGGAAGCCGCAGACAAGGGGCAAGACCUUCCAUGGGAUGCUGACUCGGCACCGGGGCCUGCAGACUGAAGGACCCUCCAGGACCCACCGGGCCUCCUCCUCCUUCCUGGACACCCGAUUCUGAGAGACCCACCUGGGGCAGCACCAGGGGAGGAGUGUGGAACUGUGGGUUUCUUCGGAGGCACUGACUACGACUCGGUCUCUCCUGUGGCCUUCUUGGACCUCAGUGGACCUGGCACCCUCCCAGGUUCCUCCCAUUGCUCUCUCCAGGAUGUAAUGAGUGACAUGGGGAGGAUUUGAGUCUGAAUCUCCUCUCUGUGUGGUGGUGGUGGGGGAUCUCCCUGCUUCUCUGCCCCCACCUGUGGCAUCUCUCUGUCCCUGAUGGCCCAGGGGGUGGGACAGACCCCAGACCUCCCCCCCCUCAGCCUCCCCUCACCGACCCCUAGGAAUCCAUCAGCCAGCGCUUUAUGCAGGCGCCCACUUAUAUUUUCAUCCCUGGGCACCUUGGGGGACGUGGCCCAGAGUCAGGCUCUCAGGCAGGUGAUUAGCAUGUUCAAAGACCAAAUCCUGGGGACCAAAGAAUAAAAUUCUGGGAUCCCACCCUGAGGUCUCCACAGCCAGCCAGCGGUCAAGUCCCCUCUGGCCGGAGUCACAGUGGGGAGGUGGGACUGGUCCUGCCUCCACUAGGAGAAGGUCAGACCAGAUCAGCCCCCAAACAGGCCAGUGGCAGAAGUGGGGCUUCGGGGGCCCAGGGCACCCUCAUAGGUGCUUAAUAAAGGCCGGUCCAUCACA